AUGAUCUCUGUCCACUCGGCCCUCUUUACUCUGGUGCUGUUCUCUGAGCUGAGCAGCCACUUGAUAACUGCAGCCAUACCUGCAACUAAAGUAGAAGAUGGGGUAAUAGAGCAAGAUGGCCUGGGUUCGUUACUGGGCGACGAACCCAUGACUGAGCAUGGCAUGGUUCCUCCCGUGUACAGACGACGCCUCGUGGUGGACAACAACGACAGGGAUGAAGAUGGGAACCCUAAAAUCAUCAUGGUCUCGGACAUGAGGCAAAAGGGACGCAGUGUUCAUGGGCUGAACUCGGCCUUUAGCCGGAGCCUUCCUCUGCUCACAGAACGAAGCUUGAGCCACACUCCUGCUGAGUACAGUUUGAAAAUAGAUCGCAGAAACACUGACCUCGACAUGCUGCGAUGUAUGAUAGGAAGAGUGUACCGACCCUGCUGGGAAGGUGCUUCCCUUGCUUGA